UUGCAAACGCAGCGUGCACGCUGCAUAGCAAGUUUCAAGAUGUAAAGUUCAACGCAAAUGGCAAAGUGCUACUUGGAAGAUAAGCAGUUUCUGAUUUUCUUGUUUCAUUUAAGACUGAAAGGAUUUAUGGUGUGCUACGGUGUUACCAACACUAAUAGCGAAGUAACCCGUAACGGCUUACAAGAGCAGAGUGUUUCCUUGUAAUCAUCAGUGUUUUCGUGUAAGAAUGAAAGUCACAAAGUUGUUCUCGCGUGUGUCGAGAACAUCUCAAUCCGCGUACGAUGGACCAGCGCGUCGUCUAUUCUGGCGACCAUCACGCUGGUUUCCAACCCGUUCAUUUGCCAAUACAUCCCUGGCCAGCAAAUUCAACACUCGUUUCCUGUAUCGAUUCCAGCGACGGAACCUGAUCGAAUACACGGACAAACAAAAUUUCGGCAGUUCUUCCCGAUGGUAUAGAAAGUCCAAUCUGUCGAAAUGGACGAAGAACUCCUUGAGAUGGACUCCGAUUCCCAUUGUGGUGGGGGUGAUUUGGCUGGUUUAUCGUCAGCUUCUGACGGCAAAUCGAAGGAAUGCUAGCGAAGACGCAAAAAACGACACUGGCGCGGAUGUGCAUGAUGUUGGGAAAUAUUCGCGACGCGCACUACCAUGGCAAGUUCCUACUGUGUUUUACGUGUAUCAGUUCCUGCCUCUCCGUGCCUUGUCGCGCACGUGGGGCUGGGUGAACGAUCUCUAUUUACCUCCGUGGCUGCGCCGUCCCCUUCUCUCCUCCUAUGUGUGGCUGUUCGGGGUGGAUCUCUCGGAGGCGGCCAUCCAGGAUUUGAAGUGGUACAAGAAUCUUGGCGAAUUCUUCCGCCGACAUCUGCGCCCAGGCGUGCGACCGGUGGCCGACAAGAGUUGUGUGGUGAGUCCAUCGGAUGGCACCGUUCUCCAUGUCGGCCGUGUGGAAGACGAUUGUGUCGAGCAGGUCAAAGGCAUGACCUACAGUCUGGCGGCGUUUUUAGGCCCCAAAAAUUGGUUCACCUACACCGCCGAUGAUGAACCAGUUGUUGAAGAGAACGAAGCUCCAGAGCCGUCCAAGACAUACCGGAAGAGUUUGUGCUUGCGGAAUAAGGGCACUGAUUUGUAUCAUUGUGUGAUUUACUUGGCGCCUGGUGAUUACCAUCGGUUUCAUUCCCCGGCGGACUGGCAGGUCAUCUCCCGACGGCAUUUUCCAGGUCAUCUGUUUAGUGUGUCUCCUUCUAUAACAAAACGGAUCGAGGGCCUGUUCAACUAUAACGAGCGGGUGGUUUACUAUGGAAACUGGUUGCAUGGUUUCUUCUCCAUGACCGCCGUCGGUGCUACCAAUGUCGGAUCCAUCCGUGUUUAUUUUGACGAGAGGCUGAAAACAAAUAAUCGGCGUUAUAAACGCGGAGCAUAUCAGGAUUGGAAUUUCUCCCAGCACAUGGCCUCUUCGGCGGAUGUCAGGGCGGUCGAUCUGGUUAAAGGCGCGGAGUUUGGAGAAUUCAAUUUGGGAUCGACGAUUGUGCUGUUGUUUGAGGCGCCCAAGAAUUUUGAGUUUACGGUGGAUGUCGGUGAUAAAGUGUUCUAUGGUCGACCACUGGGCUGCUUAAUGGAUGGCGAGAAUCCCGUUGAUACAGUGCCGGCGUGUCGUCCAGCUUAAGCUGUGCCUGGACCAUAUAAGCUUCCUUUACAGUACGUUUUUCUCCCCUUAUUGUGAUCACGUUGUAAGACUCAUCGAACCCGGAAAAGCGAAUCACUCUGCUUCCUUCUCAUCUUCCUUUCUCAAAAGUGUAUUUGUUAAGAAGUCAGCUUGCAUGAAGUAAUCGUUCAUAUUGAUGGAUUAGGUGUAAUUAGGAAUAUUGUGAUUGUGAGCUACAUUUGGUCUUUGCAGAAUGCAGUGAUUGUCUUCGUUCCGGUUUUCAGAUGCAUUUUAUACUGAAUGAUGAUCGUGCUUUGCAUUUUAGUUAUAUUUUUGAUAAGUUGUUAAAAAGCUGCUGAAAUAUUAAAUAUGCAUAGUUUUUUCUAUCGUUUUUGAUUUUUAUCUCUCUUAAUCGUGUUUAUGUAAUCUUAUGGUUAGUGAAGCGUCGAGAGAGCCGACUGAGCAAGC